GCUGAUAGGAGGAUCACUUGAUACUUUGUAUAGUCUCGGCAAACAGAGGCACGUUGCAAACAGCCCAGGCAGAGACCCAGAGCCGCAGCAGCUCUAGACCUUCCAGCAACCUGCCCAGAGAUCCAUGUGGAGAGAGUCCUUCAUGCCACAUGUUUUCUGUGAGCCCUAAGACCACAGCUGUCUGCAGUGUCAUCUGAGAUCUUGAGAGUCGCACACAGUUAUGGGAGAUUCUCCAGCUGACACCACUGAUGAAGGUGCAGACACAUGCUGCAAAGACACUCAGACUGACCUGGCAGAGAGAAUAGCAGCCAUAGAUGUUGCUGUUGGGCCUAAUAUAGAUGACCAAAAUGUUCAAGAAGCAAUAGAAGAAAAUGACACAGUCUUUUCUGAUAGUUUAGCAGACAUGCAGAGGAAUGGGGUCCAUAGUGACAUGAUAACAAAUGAAUCUUUACCUUCACAAGACCCAGAGGAUGUUCAUCAGAUGAAUGUUCCAAAGAAAGCUCCCACUAGGCCUGUCCUAUCCGGCAGAAAAUUGUCUCUUCAAGAAAGACCUACAGGAAGCUACCUGGCUUCUACCAAUCCUCCAGGCUAUGGUCCUUAUGCAACAGGACCUUUAACACAUAUCUCGCCACGUAUAGUGAGGAGACCAACGAUAGAGUCCAACCGGAUCGCCAUCUCAGAUGCUGAGGACUGUGUGCAAUUAAACCAAUACAAGCUGCAAAGUGAAAUUGGCAAGGGCUCCUAUGGUGUUGUGAAACUGGCCUACAAUGAGAGUGACGACAAGUAUUACGCUAUGAAAGUCCUCUCCAAAAAGAAGCUACUGAAACAGUAUGGAUUUCCACGUCGACCUCCCCCUAGAGGAUCCAAAGCAACUUCUGGUGGGCAGCCAAAACCAAUGGCACCGCUGGAUAGAGUUUAUCAAGAAAUAGCCAUCUUAAAGAAACUGGACCAUAUCAACAUUGUGAAGCUGAUCGAGGUACUGGAUGAUUCUGCAGAGGACAAUCUGUACAUGGUGUUUGACCUUCUGCGCAAGGGACCUGUCAUGGAGGUGCCAACUGACCAGCCAUUCACUGAAGAGCAGGCUCGGCUCUACUUUAAGGACAUUGUCAUGGGCAUAGAGUACUUGCAUUAUCAGAAGAUCAUUCACCGGGACAUCAAGCCUUCCAACCUGCUCUUGGGAGAUGAUGGGCAUGUCAAAAUAGCUGAUUUUGGAGUCAGUAAUCAGUUUGAAGGGAAUGACGCCCAGCUUUCCAGUACUGCCGGAACACCAGCCUUCAUGGCUCCAGAGGCGAUUUCAGAUUCUGGCAAAAGCUUUAGUGGAAAGGCACUUGAUGUAUGGGCCAUGGGAAUUACUUUGUAUUGCUUUGUAUAUGGGAAGUGCCCUUUUAUAGAUGAAUACAUUCUGGCUCUCCAUAACAAGAUCAAGAACAAGGUGGUGGAAUUCCCAGAAGAGCCACAGAUAAGUGAAGAGCUCAAAGAACUGAUUGUAAAGAUGCUGGAUAAAAAUCCAGAAACAAGGAUAACAGUUCCUGAGAUUAAGUUGCAUCCCUGGCUAACAAAUUUUGGGGAGGAUCCACUGCCUUUGGAGGAAGAGCAUUGCACUGUGGUGGAGGUGACUGAGGAGGAGGUGAAGAAUUCCAUCAAGACAAUCCCAAGCUUGCCAGCUGUAAUUUUAGUGAAGGCCAUGCUAAGGAAACGCUCAUUUGGAAACCCAUUUGAGGUUCAGGCCAGAAGGGAAGAGAGGUCCAUGUCUGCUCCAGGAAACCUAUUAAUAACCAAAAGUGUGCUGUAAAUCUACCACAUGAUUAACCAACUGUGGAUAAUGAACUGCACUCCUAAUCCAGAAAGGAAAGAGUUACUGCAGUCAUAUUGAACUGAACCUGGCUAACAGAAGAAACACUUCUAUCUUUAUGACCUUACCUAGAACAGGUUUUAAUAUCUUUUUCCCAGGAACCCCAUCCUAUGAGGUGCUGAGUGCUUCCUUUUAGGGUUCUGAGCAUGCUCAAAUCCCAUUGAGAUUUGGCCUGUAGUGAGUGCAGAGAUGUACCAUGCUCUCUGAUUUCUGCUGCCAGUUUUCUGAAGCUCACUGAUUUUCAGAGUCUACAAACUGACAGUUUCAAUCCAGGCUGGCAAGCGAGAUGUCAUCCAAGAGACUAUUCUAUAUGAUGUGAUUUUUAGCUUCAAGUACAGUCUCGGGUACAUGUCAGAAGAGCAUUUCAAAUGUUGAUACUUCAUCAGCUUAGCGGGAAGAGUUUAUCUUCACUUUAUACAACUCUCAGACCAUCACCUUCCAUUCCUAUCAUCCUAUGACAUAUCCUCAUAUAGUUCCUUGCCAGCAAGUCUCUUCACUCUAUGAUGUUGAGACUUUACUGAGUCUAAAGAAAAAUACCAAAUAGCUGUCACACCCUCCAGACUAUUUAACUCAAGGGAAGCAAUGGGUGCAUUUUUGUUUUCCUUUUCUUCAAAUCUUAUCCUAACUGGUAUAUUAGGAUUUUCUCUUGUUCUCGUAGAAAUCACUGAGAUACAUAGAAAUAGCCAUACUGGAUUAGACCAGUGGUCCAUCUAGUCUAUCUCUGACAGUAAUCAGUGCCAAAUGUUUAAGAGGAAGGUAGCAUAAGAAAACCCUUUAGUAGGCAAUGAUAGAAUAAACUACCAAUAGGAGACAUUUCUUCCUGACCCCUCUGUUUGUCUUAUGCCCUGAAGCAUAAGAGUUUAUAUCCCUUCUAAAAAAAUCUUUAUCCAAUCUAUCUGAUUUUUUUAAAUCUUAUUAAGCCUUGGUGACAGGUAGUAUACCUCUAUUGUGUCCCUUUUAUUUAUCUCCUCUCUAAAUUGAACAAUUCUAGUCUUUUCAGUCUCUUCUUGAAUGUAAGCUUUUCCCCGCUUCUAAUCAUUUUCAUCCACCAUGUCUAGACUUAGUUUCCUUAAUAGCCUCUUGUGUGGCAUUGUGUCAAAGGCUUUUUGAAAUAAAUUAUGUCAGCUAGUUCUCGUUUAUCCACUAUUGUGUUGGCUUGCUCAAGGCACUUGAUUUACAAUAAUGAGCCAGUUCACUGAUUGAAUCACAGCCAAUCUGUGGUUGCUCCAAAGCAAGGAAGUUUAUAUCUCUUCUUUAAAAAAAAGUUUAUCCUAAUCUAUUGUAACCUUUGUGUGUAAAACAAGUGCUCAGCUGUGCUGUCCUCUUCACUUAAUUUUACCCAAUCAGCUUAUGUGAUAUCGUGCAAUCAGCAUUUCUGGCACCUUCUAGUAAUGUUUGAUUACCCUAAACUAAGACUUGCAAAAAUGGACCUUAUGGACCAGCAUAGGAAUGUUUAUAAUUAAAUCAAGAGACAUUGACACAUCAGACAGUAUUUCUUACAUACAGUGAUAUAUUUAACACUGUAAACAGAUAAUUUAAAAUAAUAUGAAUUUUUCUUUUUAUGCAUUGUAAAAGUUAGAUUAGUGCACUUGAAUGAAAGAGAUUUAAGCUUUCUUUCUCUGUGUUUUGCUUCAUUGCAUUUAAGAAAAUACAGAAAGCAAGAGGCAAAGCUAUUUUAUUUCUGUGAAGUCUAAGUGGGAGUGCUCAUUGUACUAGGUGAAUUAUGUCCUGAUUACAUUGAGUACAUUUGCAAAGAGAAAUUGUGCUAGAUAUUAAACUCAUGCUUCAUGCCAACCUAACUUUCUUAAUUUACAAUGGAUUGUUCUGUAUAAAAUCAUCUGCAAUAUAAAAGUAAAAGAAAACAUAAAUGUACAUGU